AGAGACCAUCUGGACCACUCAUACUAGGUCUCUAAAGACCGUGCCGUCCACCCAAUCUCUCUACAAUGGCAAUAACCACCGCCGUAGUCGCACUACCUCACCCACCCCUCCUUAGCAGCACUGCCUCCUUAGUACACGCGUUCAUGGAAUGGCUCACAAACUCGUACUACAUCAGCCCCGCGCCAUUGGACUCGGUACUAUCUCGCUUCCUCACGUGCUCUGCUUCCCAAAAGCCCACUGUCACGAGGGGUGGAACCGAGACCGAUAAGUAUACGCAGCAGGAAGUCGAAGCCGCAAAAGAGCUAGCGAUGAUACCCGAAUGGUUCACGCACUUGUUCAACACCGGCGUUUUCCCCGUAGCCAGCCUUAAUAUCCCGACUGUGACAUCUGUAGCUCUGAAAAUCAUUUUCUCGAGGGACUGCCCAAAGACAGGAUCUUGUAACAAGCAGGGCUGGCUUUUGCGGUGGGGCAUUACGCGUUUAUGCCACUAAUAGCGCCCAUUAUAAGUGCUUUGAUCGGCAUGGCUGCUUGUAGACGGAAGGGAGAGGGGUUGGAAGUUGACGAGAGAGGGGAGGGCAAUAGCAUGGAUCGGGCAGUGGAUUUGGUGACGCAAGGUGCGGAUGAGCACUGUAGAUGUUAGGGCAUAGGGGUAUUUCGCAUGGGGCGUCGUUCACACUCUCACU